CGCGUGCACGCGCACAGACGCCCAGUGUAACAGUGAAAGUGGCCAACGCGCAAGCGCGAGACUGGGAAACCAUGGCGGAUUCAGGAAGCGAGGAUAUAGCGGUGAUUGGAAACACAGAUCUGACUCCUUCAGAGUCGGAAAACAACUUAAAGAACACGAUGGUUGAAACAGGGACAAGUCUUCUGAAGAAGAUGGAGAUCAGUGUGGCUGAAGCAGAGAAGAGGACCGGGAAGAAUGCCGUCAACAUGCAGGAGACUUAUACAGUGUAUCUUAUAGAGACGAGGCCAGUGGAUGCUGCAUCAGAAGGGACGAAUCCUGUCCCAGAUUCACUGUGGAGGCGUUACAGCGAGUUUGAGCUCCUUAGAAAUUAUUUGUUAGUCACCUAUCCAUUUUUAGUGGUUCCGCCAUUGCCUGAAAAACGGGCUGAAUUUGUUUGGCACAAGCUGUCAGCAGACAAUAUGGACCCUGACUUUGUGGAGAGGCGUAGGGUGGGACUAGAGAACUUCUUGCUCCGAGUGGCCUCACACCCAGUCCUGUCCAGUGACAAGAUCUUCUAUUCAUUCCUCACUGAGGAAAAUGGUUGGAAGGAAACCGUGUUUGAGACAGGGUUUCAGGCGAAGGCCGAUUCAAGAUUAAAGGCUUUAAAUGCCACAUUCAGAGUGAAGAAUCCAGACAAGCGAUUUGCAGACAUGAAACACUACGGUGAUGAGCUGCAGUCUGUUAUUUCGCAGCUGCUGAGAGUUCGGGCGAGAGCAGCUGAUCGCCUGUAUGGAGUCUACAAAGUGCAUGGAAAUUAUGGAAGAGUCUUUAGUGAGUGGAGUGCCAUUGAGAAAGAGAUGGGAGAUGGGCUGCAGAGCGCCGGCCAUCACAUGGACGCGUAUGCUGCGUCCGUAGAUGAUAUUCUAGAGGAAGAGGAGCAUUAUGCUGAUCAGCUGAAGGAGUACCUUUUCUACGCAGAUGCAUUAAGGGCAGUGUGUAGGAAGCAUGAACUGACACAGUAUGAACUAGAGAUGGCCGCCCUGGAUCUGACCUCUAAGAAACAGCAGCGGGAGGAACUCGCCACAGGGACGAUACGGACCUUCUCUCUGAAGGGAAUGACUAGUAAACUGUUUGGACAAGAGACCCCAGAGCAGAGAGAGGCCAAGCUGAACAUGCUGGAGACACAGAUUGAAGAAGGAGAGGAACUGGUCAAAGAAAGAAACGCAGAAUGCGACGAGUUUGUGAAAAGUGCAUGGGUGGACAUUGAGAGGUUUAAAGAGCAGAAAGACCACGAUCUCAGAGAGGCUCUCAUCAGCUAUGCCAUCAUGCAGAUCAGCAUGUGCAAAAAAGGAAUUCAAGUGUGGAACAACGCUAAAGAGUGCUUCAGUAAGAUGUGAGGGUUCCAGCCAUGACAACCAGAACACCAGGAGGCCUUGGAGAUGUCAAUCCAGAAAAGCACACACUCCUAGAGACUGACCUUGGGGACUAAAGUCUUCCUCUCAAUCCUAAAUAUUUGUCAGCCUCUUUCUCCAGGUGCUCUGGUGUAAAUAGGUAUCAAUUACACUAGUUUAAGAGUCCAAAUAAUGAAAGAAUGGGGUGCUGUUUUAUUUAUUUCCAUGUUCACAAGCCAGAUUUUAGACCUGGUUACUUUUGUUACUGCACUAAUUUUACCUACACAAGAGUUUGUGAAGGUAACGGACAAUUCUUAACACUUCAGACAGAAACAAAAGAAUGAGUUAAUUAGUAUUGAUUAAUUUUGAACUAUGGAAUCACUUCUUUGUAAUUGGUUUAUUUCUUUUCCUUUAUGCUUUUUGAUGCCAAAAUGUGAGUUAAAAAUAAAUCAUUCCUUUUUUUCUACUUUCUACUUAAAAGCACAGAUUAAAACUGUCAAGGCAAAAUGAGAGGGUGGGUUUUCUUAGUGAAUUCAGCAGUUCCAUUUUUAUUGUACCCCACACCCCUCCUCAUAAUGGUGGUCUUGCACAUCUGGAACGUGUCCAGUUGCUGUGGAACAUGCAAAAUGAUCUUUAUCACCUGGCGCAGAGGACACCAAAAGUCAGAUUUCUUAUGAAAGGAAAGUAACUUGUCUUAUUCGCAUGCAAACUAAAUUUGCCCUGACGCCCAUACAGCAAACAAAGUGGCACAAGUUCAUCAUAAUAUGCUGGUCUGUCACUUUUCUCCACAUUCAGCCAUAAAAACAUAAGCUGUUUAUUACCACUGAUCCCCUCCCUUUAUAUGGUUCAGUUCAUCUGAGAAAUAUUAAUAUGCUGUUUAUGUCCUAUUCAAGACUUAACUCUGCAUAUUUUCUUUGUUGCCUCAGCUUUCACUAUGAAUGCCAUAUUUGUCAUCUGUUAUGAUGAGUGGGUGGGUCAGUGUUUUGAUAUAAAUCUGGCUGAAGGAAUACGAAGGUCACAGGAAAGGCAGGAUAUAAUAAUUUCCUCAUUUUAGAGCUGCAUGUGUAACUCAGCCUGACCCCUGGUCAUUCGGUUCUUUCUUUUUUUUUUGGUUUAAAGUGGGGCAGAGAAAACCUUUUUGUAUAUAUACUGUUAAAAUCAUUGUGUAACACUAAUGGUAAUAAUAAUAAAAAAAAAAAUACCAUUAUCA